AUGAAGAAGUUUGGCGCAGGCAUUGAGCACGUUGAUUUCGACAAACCACAUGAGACCGCGCAAACCAUCAACCAAUUCGUCAAAGAAAAUACCAUGGGAAAAAUUCCAAGUGCCGUUACACCAGACAGUUUUGGAGACGAAACCAGUGUUUUCCUGGUGAAUGCCAUAUCGUUCAAGGCCAAAUGGUGUAAUCGGUUCCGUUCAUUCUUAACUAAAUCGGGUGAAUUCCACAUCAGCAAAACAGACACUGCUCAAGUUCAAUUCAUGGAAAAUCGAUCGUACUUCAAUUAUGCGGUGCUAGAUGAAUUGAACGCCACCGCACUGCAAAUGGAUUACGAGGAAUCCUAUUUGUCAUUCGUGGUUAUUCUUCUGAACACUCGUGUAGGAUUAUACGAAUUGGAAUCUCGUUUGAAGAACUACGACUUGUCAAAAGUCACGGAUCAAAUGACUUAUAAGCUUGUUGAUGUCAAGCUUCCACGUUUCAAAUAUGAAUGUAAGAUGGGAAUGAAUGAGAUGUUCAAGCGAGACGAUGCCAAUUUGUGGGGAAUGUUGGAUCCGUUAAUAAUCGGUCCUCCUCUCUUUAUUUCAAAUGUGAUUCACAAGGCCGUCAUUGAAAUCGAUGAAGAUGGUACUGUAGCUGCCGCAAUUACAGGGUUUUAA